UUGCGUUGAGUAAGAGUUGAGCUCGACACCUCUGGGAGUUAAUGAAGGUUUAGACAAGCACUGCCAUCCGAAGCAGCAUCACGAUGAUCAUCAUCUCGCACUUGGUGGCGUGUGGACUUAUUCUGACUCUCCUGUCGGUCAGCACCGAGACAAAACCACUCACGCCGGAGGAACAGAGGUCCCUGCGGAUGCUGUUGGGCGAGGAGCUGUCUGAGCUGCUGGGGUCCGCUGAGAGCCGCAGGAGGAUGGAGGACAGGGUCCGUCUGCUGAGGGACCUGCGCCUGGACACUCGGGCCAAGGGCCCCUGGGCCAGGAUGAUGAACGACCAGCCCGGCUCACGCAGACUCAAAGCUGGGUCUAAGAAGGGAGGAUCCACGGCCAGGAGCGGCUGCUUCGGACACAAGAUGGACCGGAUAGGAACCAUGAGCGGGAUGGGCUGCCAGCCGUCUCAGCCCGCAAACAAUCUCUCAUGAGCUAAUCCAGGACGCCAUCCACUUGGGCCAGAACAGACUUAGUUGCUCCUCUUCGGAGGAAAAACCUAAAGAAUCGGACUCAUGGUACGAAGCCACUACGAGAACCAUUGUGGGGACAGUGAGACGUACAACUGAAACAAAUAUUUAGAUUGAAAAAAAAAAUAUGUACAAAAUAAAAAGGAACACAUGGCAGAUGACGUGGAUAGACGCUGUAUAUUGUUGCUGCUGCUGUACAUUCAUGUAUUUCAUUCUCGCAUAAAUGUAUUUAUGUUGAAAAACUAUUUAUAUGUUUAUAAAAGAGAUAUUUAUAAA